AUGAUUGACUCUCCAGCAGCCACCCUGUAUCACACUCUGAAGAAGGUCUUCACUCCCCUGCUUUUAGAGCAAAGUCGUGGGGAAAGGCUUGGCUCUAAGAUUCCAACUUUACUUACUGAGCUUGAAGGAGGACUUGGUACAAUUCUUAAAAGACAAGCACCAGGAAAAUCUCACUCAGUGGAUUCUGAAGAUGCCAAAAAUGCUGGCCUGGCUGGGAUAUUGUCUGUGGAUGAUGAACUGGAAUAUUGGAAAGUUGUCAAGAAGAAACCAGAUGUCGCAGCUGGUCUCAGCUGUGUGGUGGCUGAAUUGACAAAAAUUCAUGAUGGAAGAUUGGAAGACUUGGAUGACAUGUUGGAGAAUCUAUUCACUUUCCUGGAUGAACUCUGGAAGCUGGAUGAAGCUGAAUAUCCUCAAGACAGGAUGUCACAUCUUAUGGAACUCUGUGGUAUUGCAAUCUGCCAAAGGAUUCAGCAGGAAUUUAACAAUGUCAAUGUGUGGUCCUCACCUUUCUCUCAACUUGAAGGGAUUAUUUCUGCUGGGAAAUCCUUGUGUGAUAAAUGGAUAAUCAAUGUGUGUGGAAAGUUGACCACUUUGUUUUGGGCCACAUAUGGACUACAUCAUUGGAAAGGCCCUGCUUAUGAACCCAAGUACACCAAAGGAUUUGGUGAUAGACUUGAAGAGUUUGAUGAUGCUCAAAAAAAUACCUGGACUGCAAGAAAUAUAUAUUUCAAACUGGAAUUGUCCGUCAUCACAAAACAAUGUCUAUUUCAGAUUCUGAAUGUGAGGACUGUUCAUAGACAGCUGACCAAUCUUCUGAGCCAUGCAGAACAGGCCCAAUUGCACACAAAGGACGCAUUUGAAAUUUUCCUCACAUCUGGCUUGAAUCCAGUGCAAUACAACCCAUACACAAACAAUGUCUGGCUGUCUGCCUUGCAACAAUAUGAAAAUUUCCUGAAACCAGCUGAAAGGAGAAUUGCAGAAAAGCUGAAAGGACAAUUGAGGUCACUGGAAGAUAAUGUUCUUCAGCUGAACCAGGAGUUCAGGAGAUAUUUGGCCCUCUUGCAACACAAUGUCAUCAGAGAAGAACUGGCCCCAGAGAGAGAAGUUUUGCUGAGCAAACUGACUUCUUACUUACAAGAAACACAAGCAAAAUUCAGCAAAAGUGGUCCAGGUCCUAUUCCACAGUAUGAUGACACCAGCUCAGAUUUAGUAAAGUCCAUCAUUUGGAUCCAUCAACUGGAGAGCAGGCUGAACUCCAUGGAACAAGUUGGGAAGAAAGUCUUGGUUGAUUUGAAGGAUUAUUCAAAGUUCCAAGCUGCAAUGAGUGACUUCAAAGACCAACUAAAGAUGUCCAGAGAAGAUUUGUUCUCCUCUUGGGCCAGAGACAUCCAAGACUCAGCAAGUGCUUUGAGCUUAGCAACAGACAAAUCUGUGGUAAAGUUUACAGAAGGCAAAAAUAAGAUCAUGGUGGUGAAUUACAAUCCAAAAUUGGUGAUGAUCACCAGGGAAGUUCGCCAACUGGGUUUGCUUGGGUAUAAAAUACCAAAGCCCAUCAUGGACUUAUCAGCUGUGGCUCUUGGGUACAUCAAACUGGCAAAAUCCCUGGAUCAUAUUGCCAAUUUUCACAACACUGUUGGGCAGAGGAUUUUGCCACCAUUGCUGCCCCUGCUUUUACAAGAUGCUUUGCAGCUGGACAACCUGGUCAAGACUGAUGUCAUGACAUGGAAAGAUACCAAAGCAGUAGAAAACUACAUUCAAAAAUUGUCCAUUGUUGUCACAAGACUGGGGAAAAAUUCUACAACACUCACACAUCGCCAUUUGCAGAUCAAAGAGAAGGUGAAAAACUUGAUGAGUACUGAUUUACUGAGGAAAGAGGAAUCCUGGAAAUCAGAGCUUGUGGAAAUAAGGAAAGUCAUCCAAGACACUGAGCAAGUCUUCCCUGACACAAAAUCUUGGAAAAUAUUUUGGAACUACCAGCUUUACAAGGCUCUGGAACAUCAGUAUCAGCUGGGACUUGAAGCUUUGAAUCAACACUUGCCAGAAAUCAACAUCAGUUUGGAGUUGAGAAACCAAAGGUUGCAGUUUUCUCCAAGCCUGGAAGACAUCAGAAGAAUUUACUAUUCUGGUCUGAAGAAGUUCCUGGCAAUUCCCAACAGGUUCAAAGGCGUGGCUGAUGACGAACACAGAAUUUUCGGAACUAUGAUUGAAAGGAAUGCAUCCAGAUUCAAUACGUUGUUUGUGAAUGCAGAAAACCUGUUUGACAAGUUGCAGUCGAAAACUAAAACAUAUUUGGUGUAUGUCACCUGGGCCUUUGCGGAUUUUUCCAGCUUGGCAGAAAAUCUGGAAACCUCUGAGGACUGGGACACUUCUUUCAGGGCUGUCAACAACAUUGGGCAAUUCAUCAACAAAAUUCCGCAGAAUGAAAAAUUGGACUGUUUUGCCAUCACAUACUACCCUGUUAUUGAGGAGCUGGAAAAAGCCAAGGACAGGUACCUGAGAGCCCUUGAUGACUCUUUGCAAAGAGCAGUUGCAAAAAAUUGUGCUGGGUUGGAGCUUUUUGUUGAAGCAGCAGGUUCCACUCUCAGCCAACAGCCACAGUCUGUAGAGGAACUUGGGGAGAUCAGUUUGAAACAUGCAGAGCUAGCCUCAAGAAUGCCUGAAAUGAAAACUUUGAUAGGAGCUACAAAAGAAAUGAAUGACACUUUGGCAAGGUUCAUGAACAAGCGUGUGGAGUCUGUCCAGUCUGUCAUGUCCACAUGGGACAACUUUCUGGGCAUGAUGGACUCACAUGAAAGCGUGUUUGCCAAGCAAAUGGAUGCCAUGAGAUCCAAUCUGUUGAACCAGGAGACCAAUUUCACCCAGGAAGUUGAGAAAUUUGCCUCUAGAUGGCAUGAAUUCAAACCAAAGGAAGACAUUUUGGAGGCUGGGAAUCCUGGAGCCAUUGAUGCUGGGAUUAGAUUUGUGAAAGAUAAGAGGAAGGACUGGGAUGAGUUGAUGGAAACUCAUGAGAAGCUCAAGUCUGACUUUCAAAAAUUCCAAAUGGAGCUCCCUGAAAUUGAGAAGGUGGCUGAAAUAUCCAAGGAUCUUGAAAAAUAUGAGUUGAUGUGGUGUCAACUAGAAGAAUUCAAGACAGGAAUGAAAGAAAUGCAGGAUGAGCAAUGGAGCGUGUUUCGGAGCCAGUCCUACAAAUUCGAAGAAUACCUCACUUCCUGGGAAGAGAAACUCGCCCAAAGAACCGGUGACUCGUCCAAACUAUCCAUUAGACUGUCGCAGGACAUUGAAAAGUUCAAGGCUGUUGUUCCUGUGCUCAAAUUUGUCCGCGGGGACUAUUUUUCUGACAAGCACUGGCUGGAGAUUUUCUCCCUGGUGGGCAUUCCAACAAGUGUGUCCCCCAGUCAGCUCACUUUUGGGCAUCUUUUGAAUGCCAGAGAUGCCUUGCUUGUCAACUCUGACAAGCUGAAGGAAAUAAAUGGCAGAGCACAAGCAGAAGUGAGCAUCCGCCAAGCCCUGGAUAAGCUGGAUGUUUGGGCUUUUGAUUGCAAAUUCACGUUUCGUGAGCACAAGGACAGUGUUGGACGCGACAUCUCUCUGAUCAAAGAGUGGAAGGACAUUGUUAGUAAGGUUGGGGAUCACCAGAUGGUGCUGCAGUCUGUCAAGGACUCCCCUUACUAUGACGCAUUCAGUGGAAGAGCGAAUGAGUGGGAGACCAAACUGGCGGAUCUUGACAACUACUUGAUGAGUCUGAACCAGAUUCAAAGAAAGUGGGAAUAUUUGGAGCCGAUUUUUGGCAACAAGCUGAUCCCCGAUGAAAAAGCUUUGUCAAGAUUCAACCGAAUCGACGGGGAUUUCAAAGUUGUUUUGAGUGAUAUUCGCAAAGAUCCGAAGGUUGUGUCAUUGUGCAGAAUUUCCGGGAUCAAAAGGACCCUCGAAAAUCUGAGCGAACAGCUCAGUUGGGCUCAAAAAAGUCUCAACGAUUUCCUAGAAGAAUGGUUGUCUCUGCUAUCCAAGGAGAUGAAGGGCACUUUGCAAUCUCUGGUUGCCAAUUGUGUCAGAGAUGCCAAGGGUUCAUCUUCACCAGAUCCAUUGCUGUAUCCUCAACAAGUGCUUUGCUUAGCAGAAGCCAUCAGGUUCACAGAAAAGUGUGAACAAGCUAUUGGAGGCAAUUCUUUGCCCCGUUUCCGCACAGAACUGGAGGUACAGUCAAGGGAUGAAGGAGUGAUUCAGCAGCAUUUGAAAAAGCUUUUUGCAGGGAUUCACUCUGUGCAAUUGGAUCCAACCAGCACAAAAGUCAUUGCUAUGAAUUCACUGGAAGGAGAAUCUGUGCCUUUGAAUAACCCUGUCCCUGAAUGGUUGUCUCUGCUAUCCAAGGAGAUGAAGGGCACUUUGCAAUCUCUGGUUGCCAAUUGUGUCAGAGAUGCCAAGGGUUCAUCUUCACCAGACCCAUUGCUGUAUCCUCAACAAGUGCUUUGUUUAGCAGAAGCCAUCAGGUUCACAGAAAAGUGUGAAAUAGCUAUUGGAGGCAAUUCUUUGUCCCGUUUCCGCACAGAACUGGAGAAUUUAUUGGAAUCAUUGACAACCCAGGACUUGGACAGCACUGACCCUGAGACUCAAGUUCUUGAGCUGAAACUGAAAGCUUUGAUUCUGGACACAGUUCAUAACAUAGAUGUGGUGACUCAGCUUAUCACUGCCAAUGUGAAGGAUGUUGCAGAUUGGGGAUGGCAAAAGCAACUGAGGUACUAUUUGGACUCAAACAAGGUUGUCAUGAGAAUGGUUGAUGCCCAGUUUGACUACACCUAUGAGUACCAAGGAAAUGCUGGAAAGUUGGUUCAUACUCCUUUGACUGACAAGUGCUACAUGACCCUGACUCAGGGUAUGAAAAUGGGACUUGGUGGGAAUCCUUAUGGUCCAGCUGGCACAGGAAAGACUGAGUCUGUGAAAGCCCUUGGAGGAUUGUUUGGGAGACAGGUUCUUGUGUUCAACUGUGAUGAGGGCAUUGAUGUGAAGUCCAUGGGAAGAAUAUUUGUGGGCAUUGUCAAAUGUGGUGCUUGGGGCUGCUUUGAUGAGUUUAAUCGCUUGGAUGAGGCUGUGUUGUCAGCAGUUUCUAUGCAGAUUCAAAGCAUUCAGGCUGCAUUGCUGUCUGGCAAUUCCACCACCUCAUUGCUUGAGAAAACUGUUGACUUGGACCCAAAUUCUGGGAUUUUCAUCACUUUGAAUCCAGCUGGGAAAGGGUAUGGAGGCAGACAGAAGCUGCCUGACAAUCUGAAGCAGCUUUUCAGGCCUAUUGCAAUGUCCAAGCCAGACAAUGAACUCAUUGCUGAGGUUAUUCUCUUCUCAGAGGGCUUCAAGACUGCCAAAACUCUUGGAGGAAAACUUGUUGAGCUCUUUGUCAUCUGCAGAGAACUACUUUCACCUCAGCAGCACUAUGACUGGGGUUUGAGAGCUCUGAAAACAGUGUUGAGAGGCUGUGGAUCCCUUUUGGCCACAACAAGGCAAGCCCUGAAACCAGGAGUCAUAGAUGGAGAGAAGGAGACUGAAAUUGCUGUCCAAGCUCUGAGACUGAACACCUUAUCCAAGCUCACCUUUGGGGAUGCCAUCAGAUUUGAUGCCCUGGUCAAGGAUAUGUUCCCUGGUGUCCCCUUGAAGGAUCCUGCUUAUGAUAUGCUGAAAAAGAGGCUUGAGAGCAGUGCUGAUGUACUUGGCAUUGUUGUCAGCCCUGCUCAGCUCAAGAAAGCCAUUGAACUCUAUGAACAACUUCAACAAAGAACUGGAGUUGUUGUAGUGGGUCCAUCAGGCUGUGGGAAAUCAACCCUUUGGAGACUGUUGCACCAUGCACUAACUCAUCCCUUGCUACCCAAAAAGCCAGCACCUAGGGCAAACACAGAAGGCUCUCCUGCUGAUGGUGAUGACAAACCAACUGAGGAUGAUGAAGAACAAAAGGAUGAAGAGGAAAAAAUCUCAGCACAUGCCCAGCAGGAUGUCCUGAAAAUUGUUCUCCACACUAUGAAUCCUAAGAGCAUCCCAAGAACUCAAUUGCUUGGCUUCAUGGACCCUGACACCAGGGAGUGGACUGAUGGGGUGUUGACUAAGAGUGCAAGAGCUGUUGUUGCUCUUCCAAAAGAGGUGAAAUCCUGGAUUGUAUGUGACGGUGAUAUAGACCCUGAAUGGAUAGAGUCACUGAAUUCUGUGCUGGAUGACAACCGAUUGCUGACCAUGCCCUCAGGCGAAAGGAUUCAGUUUGGUCCGAAUGUCAACUUUUUAUUUGAGACCCACGAUUUGUCAUCAGCUUCCCCUGCAACCAUUUCCAGAAUGGGCAUGAUUUUCAUGAGUGAUGAAAACACUGAUGUCAAAGCAGUUGUCCAGGCAUGGAUUAAAAGACAAGAAGCUGCUUCAAAUCAACUGGAGCAAAAUGUGGAGGAUUUCUUCUAUAAAGCUCUGCAGUGGGUGCUGAAAGAAGGAGACAGACCAGUGGAGACAAGUUUGCUGGGUGUUGUGCUCAAUGGUCUGAGUCAUUUGGAGAAGGCAGAAUCCAAGGCUAAGUUUGUGGCUGGUUUGAUACAUGGCUUGGGGGCCAAUCUGACCCUGGCUUCAAGGAGGAAUUUUGCUUCACAAGUGUUUAGCUGGACAGGGGAAUAUCCUCCAAAUGCCAAAGACCCUGCAAAUUUGUACUAUGAUCCUCGCAAGGACUGCUUGGAGUCUUAUGAAGGACAAGUGGUAAACAAGGUCAAUGUUGGCAAUCUUAGUGAAGGGAACUUACCUGCCAUUUCCACUGUGGGCUUUUUGUUAAAUAUGGACUUGUUCCAACCCUGGAUUCAAGCUGAAUCUGGAAAACCAUUCCUAUUGGUUGGACCUGAAGGAUGUGGGAAAAGCUUGAUAUUACAUGACUGCUUUGAUGACUUGAAGUCCACCCAGGUUGUGACUGUCUUCUGCAGCUCUCAGACCACCCCACAGCAAAUCAUCCAAAAACUCAGCCAGGCUUGCAAGAUGAUGACAACCAAUACAGGACAAGUCUUGAAACCAGUGGGAGCAGAGAGACUAAUUUUGUACAUGAAGGACAUUAACUUGCCAAAGCCAGACAAGUAUGGCACAGCUAUGUUGAUUGCCUUCCUACAACAGCUCAUAACUUACAAUGGUUACUAUGACACCAACUUGGACUGGGUUGGACUGGAUGGAGUCCACAUUGUUGGCAGCAUGGCACCAGGAAGUGCCUUAGGACGCCAUCAUGUCUCCACCAGGCUCACAUCUAUCAUGAGGAUAGCAUAUCUUGACUAUCCAGAAGCAAAUGAGAUGGCAGAUAUUUACCAGAACUACCUUGGUGGAAUUUUGGCUCAAGUGACUGAUGAUAAUUCUCCUUGGAGAUCAGCUGGAAGGAUUGAAAGCAUUGCUUAUGCUAUGAUUAAGCUUUAUGAACAGUUACAAGCUAAUUUCAGUGUGGAUGACCAUGGACAUUAUGUGUUCACCCCAAGAGACUUGACAAGAUGGGCAAUGGGGUUACUGAGGUAUGAUGUGAGAAGUUUGGCAGAGAAUGGCUUUCUGAUGGCUUGGUGUCAUGAGGCCCUGAGGCUAUUCAGAGACAAGAUGAGUGGGGAGAAGGACAGGGAUAAGUUUGACAGGAUCUUCUAUGAUGUCCUGGCAGGGAUUCAAGGCACUGGAGAAGUCUUUGCUGACCUGAAUGCCAACUUUUUUGUGACUCCUGGUGCCUCAAGUGAGAAGCAAACUGCUGCUGGUGCUCCAUUACCACCUUUGGGCAAAAUGCUGGGGAAGCUUGGGCCCAUUGAGUGGCAAAGUGUUGUUGAGAAGGCUAUUGUGAGAUACAGUAGAGAAAAUGAGGAACUGGACCUGGAAAUGUUCAGAGAACCAUUGGAUCUUAUGAGUAGGAUGGACAGAAUCCUGACCAAACCAAAGGGCUCUGUGUUGAUUGCUGGAAGAGCUGGAGUUGGAAGGAAACCUGCUGCUGGUGUCAUUGCUUGCAUGCACAACUUUUCACUAUACUUUCCAAGACUCACUGCUGGCUACAACUUCAAGACAUUCAGCAAUGAUUUGAAGCAGGCAAUGACAAUAGCUGCAAUUGAAGGUAUGCAAGUAGCUUUUUUUGUGGAAGAUGCACACAUGGCUGCUGCCCCAGAGUGCUUGGAGGUGUUGAAUGGACUGCUUGCAGCUGGGGAAGCCCCAGGAUUGUUUGCCCCUGAUGAACUGGAGCCAGUUUUGGCAAAAAUUAAACCUGAAGCUUCUUCUGAGGGUUUCAGGGGAGGGGCUUUGGCUUAUUUCUCAAUGAGUGAGUCCUCAUCAUCAACAUUUGAUUUCCAAUUUUCUUUCUCUUCAUUGAAAGUUAAGCCCUUCCCUAUGCAUAAGUUAAUUUGUAAAGAAAGGUGGAGUGUUUAUGAACACUCCCAUGAAAAUAUGAGGAUUUGGUCACUUUUGGUUUUAUUUUCAGACACAGAAGAGGUUCAGAGGAACCUGCAUUUCAUCUUCAUCAUGGACUUCACUGACCCAAUGUUCAAGUCAAGAUGUGAGAGUAAUCCUGCAUUGUACAAGCAGUGCUCUGUCAUUUGGAGUGAAGGUUGGAGCAACAAGAGUCUCAGGCUUGUUCCAUCAAUGUACUUGCCCAGGGAAAAGAAAACUGCCACAGAAACAAGGACAUUGCAUUUGAAGGCAGGUGUGCAGAAGCUUCAAGAAGCCCAAGCAGUUGUUGCCAAGCUGCAAACAGAAGCAGACAAGGACCAGAAAGUAUGUGCUGCAAAGCAAGCAGAAGCUAAUGAGGCACUCACACAAAUUAAACAAACCAUGUUUGCUGCCACCAACCAAAGGGAAGCCAUGCAAACUCUGAAAGACUCCACAGCAAAGGAAGAGAAGCAAAUCAAAGAAAGGCAUAAGGCAAUUGACAUUGAGUUGGCAGAAGUUGAGCCCUUGAUUCAAGAAGCUAGAGCAGCAGUUGGCAACAUUAAAGCCCAGGCAAUCACUGAAAUAAGAUCCUACAGUGCACCACCAACUGUCAUCAGGGACAUUCUUGAAGGUGUUUUGCGCCUCAUGGGCAUUCUGGACACCUCUUGGAACUCCAUGAAAAGCUUCUUGGCAAAGAAGGGCAUCAAAGAGGAGAUCAGGAACUUUGAUGCCAGAAAAACCAGUCCAAGUGAUAGAAGAAGUGUGGAAAAGCUGCUGGAGGAGAGAGGAGAUUCUUUUGAACCAGCCACUGCCAAAAGAGCCUCAGCUGCUGCAGAACCACUGGCAGCUUGGGUGAAAGCCACUGUAAAGUUUGCUAGAGUUGUGGAAAAAAUCAAGCCUUUGGAAGAUGAACAAUCCAAACUACAAGGGAGUUUGAAGAAUGCACAGGAUCAAAUGCUGGCCCUGACAUCAGGCUUGACUGAUGUUGAUGAGAAAGUGGCUGUGUUGCAAGAAAAAUUCAAUCAGUCCACAAAAGAAGCCACACAAAUGGAGAUAAAACUGCAAGAGGCCACCCAGAAAAUAAAAUCUGCCCAGGACUUGAUUGGGAAACUAUCUGGAGAAUACAAACGCUGGUCUGAACAGGUGAAUGAGUUGACUUCUGAGCUGGACUCACUAGCGCCAUCUGCACUUUUGGCUGCAGCCUUCAUCACUUACCUCUGCUCCAGCACAGAAGAUGUCAGGCGUGAGACCAUGAAGCUUUGGAGACAAGUUGUGGCUGGCAGGAGUUUGACAGCUUCAUUUUCUGGUCGCCUAAGUGCAUCUUUCACUGGGAAGUCAAUAACUAAGCCAGGGAAAAAUGACUCCAACUCUUAUGACUUUGACCUUCGCUCAUUUUUGAGCAGUGAAAGAGAGCAACUUGUGUGGAAAUCUGAGGGUCUGCCUUCUGAUGACCUGUCCAUGGAAAAUGCUCUCAUCAUCUUAUUGUCCAAAAUGCGCCCUAUGUUGGUGGAUCCUUCAGGAAGAGCAAGUGAGUGGCUCAAAGUGCACUUGGAGAAGCUGGGAAAAGUUGAAGAGGUCAAUCCAAGUGAAAGGAGAUUUGCCACAACUUUGGAACUUGCUGUUGAAUUUGGGAAAAUUCUGAUUGUGUCAAAUGUUGAGAGCAUUCCACCUGUUCUAUAUCCCAUUCUUAGGAAUGAGAAGAAGGUCUUUGUUGGAGACAAGCUGGUGGAUUACAACACAAACUUCAAGCUGUUCUUGACCACAAGGAAUCCAAGUCCAGCUAUUCCACCUGUUGGAAUAUCAGCAGUUACCAUCACAAACUUUUCCACCACAAAAGCUGGACUAACUGGACAACUGUUGGCAGCUGCUUUGCAGGAAGAAAAGCCUGAACUGGAAACCAGGAGAAAAGAACUGCUGAGGCAAAGUGAAGACAUGAAAGUGUCCCUUUUGCAGAUGGAGGACACUGUUCUGGAGAAGCUGGCUAAAUCCAAGGGUGACAUCUUGUCUGACCAUGAGCUACUGUCAUCACUGACUGAAAUGAAGGCCUCAGCAGAAAAGAUCAGCAAGAAUCUGACUGAAUCAGUUGGUUUACAAGCAAGUUUGGAAGCUGAAAGAAACACUUACUUGCCUCUGGCAGAGACAGGAGCCAAUCUGUACUUUGUGAUCCAAGACCUUUUGAAGAUGAACAACAUGUACAGGUUCUCACUGGGCUGCUUCACUGAGCUGUUCCAAAAGGCCUUGCAGACUGGAGAUAAGAGCACUGGCAACACUGAGCAAAGAGUGGAAGGCCUGAAGCACAGCUUGCUUGUUCUUGUGUAUCACUAUGUCAGCCAGAGUUUGUACAAGAAGGAUAGAACCAUGUUUGCCUUGCAUUUGGCUCAUGGUAUGAAACCAGAAAUGUUUCACAACCAGGAAUGGGAGGCUUUCACAGGCAUGUUGGUCACUGAUGUUAAACUAGAUGUUGCUGAAGCCAAGGCAACUCUUCCUUCUUGGAUCAAUGAAGAGAGGGCGCUGGCUGUUUCCUUGCUGAAGGGAACGUUUCCGGAUUUCUUCGCUCUGCUGCGGCUAGAUGACGCUGCAAUGUGGAAUGAGUUCUCGAAACACCCACAAUGCGAAAUCAAGAUUCCUUCGGAUUUGAGCAAGCGAUUGACAGCUUUCCAGAAUCUUCUAGUUGUUCAGGCUCUGCGUCCAGAUCGUCUACAUUCUGCAAUGAAGUUGUUCGCCACCAGGGGACUUGGUUUGAAAGAACUCGCGCCUCCGGGUUUGAAUUUGGGAAGAACUGCUAAAGAAACAAAGCCCAACGAGCCCAUUUUAUUAUUGAUAAAUGCUGGUGAUGGCGCAGAUCCGUCUCAGGAAAUUUCCGAACUUGCCAAACACACCUUUGGCAAUGAUGCUGUCAAGAACCGUUUCAUUCAAGUUGCUAUGGGUCAAGGCCAGGCAGAAAUUGCCCUCAACAGCCUCACCAAGUGCUCAGUGGAAGGAGGUUGGCUCAUGCUGCAGAACCUGCACUUGACAGUUGCCUGGUUGUCAGAUCUGGAACAAGCACUGGGUGCUCUGCAAACUGCUGGCACCCAAGUGCACCCAGACUUCAAGCUCUGGCUCACCACUGAGUCUCAUCCCUUGUUUGCAUCCAACUUGCUGCAAAUCUCCAGGAAAAUCACCUAUGAGGCACCAGCUGGUGUGAAGAGGAACUUGAUCAGGACUUAUGAGGGCUGGAACAGAGAAAUGAAUGGGCGCCUGGGAAGCAGUGUCCUGAGGGCCAGGUCUCUCGCAGCCCUGGCCUGGUUCAAUGCUGUGGUCCAGGAAAGGCGCAGCUACAUUCCCCAGGGCUGGACCAAGUACUACGAAUUUUCAUCUGCUGACCAACGUUGUGGGGUGGACAUCUUGGACAGGGUCCUGACUGAGGCCCAAAGAGGAAGAAGAGGAGUCAAGUGGGAAUUCAUCCAUGAGUUGUACUUGAAUGCAGUUUAUGGAGGCAGAGUGGAGAGCAGUUAUGAUUUGCAAGUCAUGGCAUCUUAUUUGCAAGACUAUUUCAGUGACUCUACCUUGACUGAGCAUGGAACCCCAAAGCAGUCCCUGGCUGGCACUUUUGACCUGCCAGAUUCCAAUGAAAUACAGGACUAUGUGACCAUUUUCAAGAAUCUGCCAGAUUUUGACAAGCCAUCCUAUUUUGGACUGCCAGCCAACAUGGAAGGGGUUGUUGAAAGGAACACCAGUUCUGAAGUGAUUUCCCAGCUCAGAGUCCUGAUGAGAGUGGCAGACUCUGUGGACUCCUUUGACAGGGAGAAGUGGAGUGCUGAACUGUCACCAGUGUUGAACCUGUGGAAGAAGUUGAACCAGGGCUCAGACAUGCACAAAGCCAAGCUGUCUCCUCCAGACCUGGCCAAUAGUGACCAACCAGUGACAUCUUUCCUCCAGCUGGAAUAUUACAAUGCAGUCUUGGUGGUGCAGAGUGUUCAUAAGUCUCUGGCUGAACUGUCCAAGGUUAUCAAUGGCUCAUUGCUGUUGUCUAGCAAGGCCAAGAGAAUUGCUGCUGACCUGAUGCAGCAAGAGACACCAGGAAGUUGGCUGAGUCUCUGGGAUGGCCCAGAAGAACCCAUGAGUUACCUGAGGGCACUGGCAUCCAAGGCUCAAAGUGUGCAAAGACUUGCAGCCAAGAACUCAUUGGUCAAUGCCAAUCUGGACUUGAGUCAGUUGCUACAUCCCAACAUGUUUCUGACUGCAUUGAGGCAGGAAACAGCCCGCGAAUAUGCUGGCAAGGUGCCUCUGGAUGGGCUGCGUUUGGUGAAU